AUGGCUCCAUCCGUUGAACAAAUUCGAAGCCUCCUCGAGGCCCACAUUGCCCAAGACCUUGCUGAGAAGGCAGGAACUGGAGGAAAGGCCCAGAAAAAUGGACUUAUCACCAACCACUUCCACGACAACGUUGAGUUCCACAUCAACGGACAUGAUUUCCAGCACGCCACCCAGCUUCAGGGCGCCGAUACAAUCAAGUCAGAGGUCGUCGAUGGGGGUCUCUCUGAUAUUCCCAACAUCAUCGACUAUUCCAAGCCUCACGACUGCAAAGUCCUUCAAGUGAUCGGAGGCGGCCCCCAGAGCGACUGGGCUGCCGCUGUGCUCAAGGCUACUGCAACAACACUCUCUGGCAAGCCAUUUAACCAUGAAUCGGUGAUGACCUUCCAGUUUGACAAUAGUGGCAAGAUCCUCCACAUGAAGACUUAUGCCGACACCCUUCACAUUCACAACGCCAUUCAAGACCUCUAA